GUCGACUUAACACCAGUAUCAUGUGACUUCAACGGGAGACAACACUCGUAUCUUAUUAAGCUUGACGUGCGGGAACCUCGCUUAAGGCGUGUACAUCAAGGGCGUAUUCUUGUCAACCACCCUGUCAACGAGGAAUUUGAGGAGCAGCUGUCAAAGCCAUUUUACUUUCAGCAGGAAGAUCAUGGCACCAUUACUGACAUCCUUUUUGCAAAGAGGUCUGAGUCGCCCGAAAUUGCAGCCUUCAAGAAAGGUAUUGCAGGCGGAUUUCAGCUUAAUCUCAAAGAAGUACAUAGAUCCAACUUUUACGAAGUGCUAGAAAACGAUGAUUCUGGAAUCUUUCGAACAAAGUACAGUGUCAUUUCAGCCAACGAGACACACGCUCAUCUUCAUCGCUCCUGGACGAACCAAGAUUAUCAAACAUUUGCGGACGGUACCCCGGCCAGCGCAGAACACAAGGUGCAGUCUCAACACAACGCGUAUAUUCAUUUGAAAGAAGGAAAGGUAGAAAGAGUUCACCGUACUAAUAGAGCAUUUUUUAGACCCACCAAUGGUCAUCCUAGAGCAGACAAUUUCGAAGGUUUUAAAGGCCAAGAGCAGGACAUUGAAAUGUCCACAAAGGGAUACAGCAGACUAACAUUGAGAUCUUGUCAAGGGCCUGAGCACCACCGUUCCAAACGCUUGGCAUCAGAGGAACAGCAUCUGAAGAUAGCUGGUACUCUCAACAAAGACAAUAUUUUGUUUACAGAUACUGAAAAGAUAAAAUGGUCCAAGAUCGGCCGAGAGAAGAAAACGCCAAGAUCUUUCUAUGAAGUGUUGCGCUGUUUCACCGACAAAAGCAUGAAGGAGCGUCAAAUUGCUGAUUGCUCUAAUGAGAUGCAUCGUAUGGUUCGCGAGGACGGAGAAACUUUCCGAAAACUCAAAAGACUUGUUCGGAAUCGAAGUCACCAAAACAUCACGUCCUGGACAAUAUACAUAGCAGCACUUGCCGGAAGUGGAAACUAUGACGCCCAAAACACUUUAGCGGAAGCGGUUAAGGGAGAUUACCCUCGAACCCUUAGCAAAGAAGAGUACAAAACAUUUCUUAUCGGAAUAUUCUACCUGCCAGAAGGUCCACUUCACUCACAACUUUUCGAUGCCUUGUUUAAUCUUGUAUCACGAGAGGAGAAAGGAGACGAAGUUACAUCUACAGCGAUGCUUGUCCUAGCCGGCCUAGCUGAAAGGGCAAGGAGAUCGGGAUAUAACGAGAGCUUAUGUGAUAGCGUCGCCGAGAUGAUCCACAGUAGGUACAAAAACAGAUCAACACUGUAUCAUCCCGACAGCUUGGACCACGAAAUGCAGCUAAGAGACCACAUCUGGGCCUUUGGAAAUCUCGGUCAUCAUUCCGGACUUCCCGUCAUCUUGAAACAUAUUGACCACGAUAAUUCUGGUAUUCGAUCAGCGGUGAUCUCAGCAAUGCGCAAGCUUCUUCCCGAGCACACGAAUCAACACUUGAUGCAAGCGCUAUACGUAGAUGAACACCCCGACGUAAAAGCUGCAGUUGUUGAUAUUUUGGUUGAGCGUCACCAGAAUUUAAGUGAUUCAGUGGUACAGGGCUUGGAACGUGCUUUAUGGCACGCCAAAGAAAGUGAGACUCUGGAUUCUUCGAUUAUUCAACUGAUCGAAAACCACGGGGAUCACCCCAAAGCAGUCUACUUAAGGAAAAGGCGAGAUGCUAUUCAUCGCGAGAAACGUGCUCUAUUCUCAUUUCUUCGCCCAAGAGAGUUUGCUCUUGGUCCGUCUCAGCGAUGGCAGAAGACUUACGGUGGUAGUUGGGUGGGAGCCGAAUCGGUCAUACAGUUCAUUAAUCAAGUAAAGCUAAGAAUUGGAAUUUUUGGUGGGAAGUUUGAGAUUGAUCUUGACAACCAGGCCUAUAUUCAAGGUCAUAUUCUCAAGUUUGGAUUUGAAGUCGUCAGAGGUAAAGCUGUUUUCAAGGCUUCUGCUAGUUUUAAGAAUGAUUUCCCGAAAGACCUCAUCCACACUAUUGCUGAUGUUGGCGACAAUCUCCUUAGGAAGUUUGAUAGUAUUACGAGCGUAAUUGCUGAACAGAUAAACCAAGUUAUCAGGAAGCUAAAAGGAUAUCUACCUUUGAAUAUUGACAAAUUCCUAGAUUUCAUCAAAAAGCUCGUUCAAUUCCUGCAGAACUUAGUGCAGCCUUUAAAAUCAAUUAAUCUCAUCGGAAAAGUCAUAAACCUUUCCAAAGAUGUAUCAUCGCGCCUCAAGGACUGGAAAUGGCUGACAGAGAUGAUAAAGAAAAUUCAGUAUAGUCGCCGAAGACUGACAGGAGUGGAUGACGUUUUCAAAAACGUCAUUGCGGCUCUAGACAAGAUUCUUGACAUUGUGGGUAGCAUAACUAAGUAUUUGCCCCAUAAUCUACCCGUAGAAUUUAACAUUAUGAAACUUCUGUACAUUCUUCGCUCGGUCUCUGGCGACCUGCAUUUUGACAAAAUGAAAGAAUAUUUCAAUUCUCUAGGGUUUUCCGUUCCCGACGGAUUCCGUUUACAGUUUCCAUUCAAGUUCUCCAUCCGCCUCUUGUUUUCUCUGGAAACAUUUCAGCAAGUACCUAUGAAACUUCUAAGAUUUGCGAACCAUUUUCUGGACGUAUCAUCUUUGCUUGAUAUUCUCCGAAGCAUUAGAUUCCCCAGACUGCACUUACCAGACAUGAACCAACGAUUUCCCUCUUUUAAAGAAAGCGGUUUCAACUUUGGUCUACCUUUCAACUGGCGGAUCAGCCUAAAGUUUAACCUCAAUCUGAAAUCACCAAGCUUUCAGAAAUUCAUUUCUAUUCUUCAGAAACUUGGUGACUUUCUGGAGCAGUUUACACUCCCAGGUUUUGAUCUGGGAACGUUUUUUGAAGAAAUAUUGCCUGGCAAGAUCUUUGAUCUGGGAGCUUUUUACAAAGACCUUUUCGACGGAAGUGCCGACUCAAAUUCUGAAAAUCCGUCUGAUGUUUUACAAGAAUUCUUGGAGAAACUAGUCAGAAUGCUUGAUUUCCAAUCUGGGAAUGUCUUAGCGAUAGGCGAUAUCACGGAUUUCUUCCACGAACUUGGACUGGGGAUAACAGAUUUCGCCGACAAAAACGUUAAGCAUAUUUGUGAAGUUUCUAAAGUGGCGUUUAAUUCAUCCCGAGAAUUUAAGGAGUUUGGAGUUAGUGUUGAGAUGGAGGGAAUGAAAUUGCUUCAAGCGGUGGAGAAUACAACCAAAAAUGCAUUCACAGAACUACUAAACUUUACAGUGCUAUUGGAUUCGUUAACAGACCAAAUCCAGCGUAACGUUACCACGGCUGCCAAAGAAUUCGUUACAGAAUCGCUUCAAGGCCUUACUACAAAACUAAAAUAUAUUCAAAAUCUUAAAGAUGAUUUAGUGGACUUCGCCAACGGGACAGCCUCAAAAGUCAAUGGCGCGUGCACCAAAGCUGCAAUUUUCUCCGCUGACGUAAUAGACAAAGUUCAAGAGAACGCUCGUGAAGCACUCCUAGAGCUGGGAUCGUUCACUGGGCCAGUAGCGACUAAGAUAAAAACGGUUGGAAGAGACUUGAAAUACGCUGUUUCUAACGUGGAGAAGUGGUAUGAAGAGAACAUGGCAGCUCGUGUCGGGAAGAUUUCUCGCGUUGCUCAGAUAGUGUCAGAUUUUCUUUCAGUUCUAAAUUCAAAGAAGGGGUUUCUCAAAUCCGUUCGUGAAAUAGCUGUUCAAAUCAACGAGGCCCUAAGGCGUCUCCAAAAUCUUCCAGAGUACGCAAAUAAAGCAAGGAAAACAGUGGAUGAUGUACUUAACUUUGCGGACAGAGCUCAAAACUACAAAAAAGAGAUCCAGAAGCUUGAUAUCAGAAAACAGUUUGGACUUGCCUUUGAUCAGCGAAUACAAGAUGUCUGUAACGAGUUUAAGACCAUCACUGCAGAGACGCUCGACAAGUUUGGAAACUAUGACAUUGUCAAAGAAGUUGAGACGUUUUUCAAAAAAGAGGUCGAUAAGCUCGUCCGUAAAGCUGUGUCAAAGUUCAGCAGAAUUAAGGAACCUAUUAAUGAGAUGCAAGAAGAGUUGAGAAAUAUCAAGGCCAUGGUGCGUGAAGUGAUGGGUAUCCUGAUAGAGUUUAAGCCCUUCACCAACAGUUUUUUGCCUAUUCUUGAGACGGUAGGAAAAUUACCCGAAUGCAAGAAGAUCAAGAAAAUACUCGUAGAGAGUACUGAAGCUUGCGUCCACAAAGCCUUUGAGGUUGGUCGAUACGUCAUCUAUCAGUAUAACGACUUAAAAAAAGAAGUGAAAGUUCUAUAUGACAUGGUUCCGGCUACAUGGAAGAACUUCAAAAUACAGAAGUGUAUCAAGGGUGGAGCUUGCAUUUCCAAAGCUUUUAUCGAUCAAGCUAAAACCAUUAAAGAUAAGGUGGAUGUGCUUAAGGAUAAAUUCAAAAAAGCGAGCGGAUACUCUGACACACUGGAGACUUGCAAGAGAGGGGUUGAUAACAUUACAGCUGUUAUAGACACAGUGCAGCUACUGGUGGAGCAAGUUCAAAAUCUCUCUGUGAAAGACGACUUACAAAGAGUAAAGUCGAUUCUCCUAAAGCUCACCGGCCGAAACCCUGAAGGUAACGGGGAAAGUGUCGUUCAUAGGCGGUCUAUAACAUACGUAAAGGAGCGAAUCGAAAGAAUUGUUGACUAUGUACAGAUGACCAAGGCAGUUCAGAGGAAACUGGAAGAAUUUCUUAAAAACGCAUUCCAAGCGAUGCGAAAUGUCUACGAUGAUGCUGUUCUAGAACACAUUAAAGCGGUUAGAGAUGUGCGAUCCAAACUGCAACUAUCAUACGAGUUCUGGAAAAAGACAAACAACGCCAACAACGUCCUUCAAGCAUUAGAUACUGCUACCCAAGGUGCCAUGCAAUAUGCUGAGAACUCAGAAGGCGUAAAAAAUUUAAUUUCUGGCCCAAUCAUCUACCUCUUAUCUGAAACUGAAGAACUUGAUAAUGUCGUCAAACCCUAUCUUGACAAGUAUGCCCCUAAAUUCACUAAUACCGUAACAGUGGUCAACAGCUUUUUGGACAAAGUUACCGAUUUUCUGAACAAGCUUCAGCUGAGACAGAGAGGACUGGACCUAAGGGCCUAUAAACCGUGGAAUCAAAUACCAUAUUGCUCAGAGGAAGUCUGUGUUCGAUCAAUUAAACGAUCGUCUUCACUUUAUUUGGAGACCAUUUUCACUUGGAAGUUCCCGCACCUGGAUGAUCUUUCUUCCAUGGAAAAGAGUGGGCGAUGGCUUACGCCCGGUCUGUUUGAUGACUAUAAAGUAGAGGGUAUUUCAAGGCUUUCCAAUAGCGAGGUUAUGUUGGGUAUGCACGGAGUCUCAAGUAACAAAGGGAAAGCAUCGCUUUUGGUGGUAACAGGUUUCGGUAGGGGAGUAAAAAAGAUCAUUCAACUCAGAAAUAAAGGUAAUCCUCUAGCUGUGAAAAUAGGGGGAGUAGCCGUUUCCCGAGAUUACAUCUGGAUUAGUGAUAGGACCUCAAAAAAAAUCCAUCAAGUAAAAAAAUCUAGUGUGACAAGAUCCUUCUCGUCAAAAAAGCCAUCUUGGAUUGAAGUGGCAAAAACUCUUUCGGUUGAAGGCACAGCAACGUCUGUGUCCCAUGACGAACUGACCAAUGUCUUGUGGGUAACAGACAGCAAGGGUGAAAAGGCUUAUGGCUAUAAGCUGCUUAGUGAUGGGGAUCUGUUUUCUCCUGGCUUAACACCCGACAGGGUAAUCGUCAUUGGGGCCAACGCACAGGGCAUGGCUAUCGUCAGACAGUUCAGUACCGAAUAUGUCUGUAUCUCUAAAUGUGCGAUGAUUUCUGGGUUUCAAUGCAAGCUUGAAUUCCAUGACAUCAGUGGUGGUGAUGAGAUCGGGAAAAAGAAACCCUCUAGAGUCAUUAGAACCCCUUCGGGCUUACAGUCGGUCACCAGUGUAGACAAAGAGGUAAUUGCAGUGGCGUUCUCAAGCGGUACCUACGCUGAGAAAGAAAAUGUGGAGCUAAUAGGUGGUGACUUUGAAGAACGAUACUUUUACCUUAGGCUACCAAUUUUAAAGACGACUUUUGGAAUCCAUGAAAACUGCCUAUUUUUCUCAGUCAUGAAAGAUUACAUCAUACGACCCAGGAAAUUGAUUCCUAUCGGAGAUAUGGUUUGCGGAACUACACGAAAACGGAGCACUUCGCAAGAGUUGUUAGAAUCUGAUGUUUAUUCUGAGAAACUAGAAGAAAUUCACUUGAGAAACAGAAGGAUUCGUAGGCAAGCCUCAGAUCCUGGAUCGUGUUCGAUUUUGUUUCGUGGGAACGCUCUGAGGGGAUAUCAGCAAUUCCUCCCUGAAUAUUCCCAAACCAUCAUUGUGUUUGGUAUACCGGUACGACUGUUUGCUGGUGCUGGUGGUUAUUAUAGCGUGGACUAUCAAGGACAAGUCUGUUUUAAGGACAAGGUUUUUCGACUUGGUCUCAUUCCCGGAGCUUGGGUCUCUGUAUACGCUGGUGCCGCUUUAUCAGCCUUUGUGGUAGAAGCUGGAAUUACAAUUGAGGCAAGGAUUUUGGAGACUUAUCUUAUACCAGAUCUGUCAAUCAGGAUUGACAAGUGGCCACUGAAAGCGUGCAUGGAAUUAAAGAUGCGAAUGACACCUCUACGCAUUAGAGUUUCGCUUUGGUAUAGACUCCGUCUCUGCUUUCGAGUGAAAUGUUGGUUAAUUGGCUGUCGUGUAAAUGAUGGAUGGUGUGGGAGAAACACUAUCUGGGAGUGGUGGUGGUCAGCCAAAACGAUCGACAGGACGCUCUUUACAAAUUGCCGGCAAGACAUAGACAAAACACCUCCUAUUGCUGGGACAUGUACUGCAAGGCAAGCUGCCGACAAAAAAUAUUUUGUCCAGUGGCAUGGAUUCCACGAAGAUACUGAAAUAAAAAACUACCAUGUUAGAAUAGGAUCCAUUCAGGGUUCUGGCGACGACUACUCCGCGUGGGUGGGAACAUCGUUAAGCGUAGUUGUCGACGAUCUUCCAAUAAUGCAUGGACGAGAUGUGUAUGUCAGCCUACUGGCAACAAAUGACAUGGGUCGUGAUAGUAAGUUAGUUAACUGCCCAAAAUUUACAGCUCGUCGUAAGGGUCCUCAGAUUCGUUAUGUCUACGAUGGUGUCAAUGAACAUCAAGACUUGGAUUAUCAGUCAGAUUCAUUCGCUCUAGGUAUGAAUUUUGCGAUCAAGAGCGACAUUGACGACAUUGCCUACUUGAGAUGGGGAGUAUCGUCUUCUUCCAGCUGUACCUUAAAUGAAGCUGAAGCAGAUGUCUUUCCCUUGACUCCUCUCGGCGAUUCAACUACAAUCCAGACUUCCAACCUAGAUUUACAUCACGGAAGAAAAUAUUUUACUCGAAUAUAUGCCAUGGACUCUAUUGGCUUAAAGGUGGUUAUGUGCAGCAAUGGUAUCGUAAUUGACAGAACACCACCUUUGCCUGGACAUUUCCAAGAUGGUGCUGGUGAGAGUGAUGCGAUGUUUAUCCCAUCACUGAGGCGCAUCCGUGGUAAGUUCGAUCCUUUCAAAGAUCUCGAGAGCCCUAUGGUGAGAUAUGAUUGGAAAAUUUCGAGAAACAACACCAAUGAAGAUGUUACAUCUUUUGUAGAGAUUGCAUUCACCCAACAGACACCCUUAAUGGAUGGCCUUUCUCUUGAAGCUGGCUUUCCUUAUAAGCUGGUACUCCGUGGAACCAAUGCGGCCGGACUUCAAACAAUUAUUACUUCAAAUGGUUUUGUGCCAGAUAAUACGCCACCGCACUGUGCAAAUAAAGCUAUUGAUGUCACGGACGAUGAAGAUAUUUUUGAUGUGGAUUUUGUUGGAAAACUAAGUGGCAUUCAAGCGAAAUGGAAAUGCCUAGACCAGGAAAGUGGCAUUCGUACACAACUGGUGGGUGUUGGAACUUAUCCAGGAGGGGAUGACGUGAGAUCAUUUGAAGAUGUCACCUUUGUUACCCACAAAGUUUUCCAAGACGGUAUGGUUUUUGCGAGUUUUUCCGAUGUCAGUAUUCUUCCUCGAGUAAGAUACCAUACCACCAUAAAGAUCAUAAAUGGAGCUAACCUCAAGAAAACUAUUACUUCUGAUGGCAUUAUCAUCGACAAUACACCGCCGACUGUCGCUUCACAAUAUAUAAAAGAUGGCGUAGAGGGGAAGGAUAAGAACUACACCAGCGAAAGAUUAACCUUUAGCGCACACUGGGAACAAGCAUUCGCAGAGUCAGAAAGUGGCAUAGUAGAGUACUCCGUAGCUUUAGGAACUGACCCUGGACUCGACGACAUUCAGAAUUUUAAAACGGUUGGCUCACAAACAGAAGUAACUUUCUCAGGUCUUUUGCUGAGCAGUGGUCAACGUUAUUUUGUAACCGUUGUUGGUUGCAACGGGAUCGCUAUGUGUAUUAAUGGCAGUAGUAACGGGGCCAUUGUAGACUUUGUUCCUCCACACACCGGAAAAGUCAUCACUGGAUUAACUGGUCCUCCACUUUUGUACCAGUGGGUGACUAAAUCAGUAUGGGCGAGAUGGAAUUGGUGUGUAGCCGAGGAGAAGAGAGCAUCUGGACCACUCGAUUCUAAUCAGUGCAGAAACGACAGCUUUUAUGAUGUGCAUAGUGGUGUUGCAGGGUUUGGUAUCUCAGUAGCUUCUCUGAGGAAUGAUGACGUAUUAGCGGCAUUUAAAAAGGCGGGACGUGUGAGGUCUACUGGGCGUAACAUUGACCUCGAAGAUGGAGUGUACUCACUAGUAAUCGAGGCGAAAGAUAAAGCAGGUGUUGUUGCUCGUGGUUUGUCAAACACGUUCAUUGUUGAUAGUAGUCCCCCUCUAGUUACGAAUGUUCAGCACGGACAUUUCGGCGAAACACUGUCAGCUGUCAACAAGUUGCGUAUUACUUUCAGAGCCUACGUUGAAAUUGAAGAUGAUUUAUCACAAGUCAAAACGUACAAAGUGGGAGUGGGAAGUUAUCCUGGGGCUGAUGAUGUCCUGAAAUUUGAGUCGAUUUCAUUAAGUACACCAGUGUCUUCGCUGCGAGCCAACUGGACAGCGUCAAACGUAUUAUCCGUGGAAAACAACCGACGCUAUUUCAUUACCAUUUGGGCAAUCAACAGCGCUGGGCUGUUUAGGAUCAAAUCAUCGCCCCCUCUGCUCUCUGACCACGACACCCCAAGGAGUGGAAUCGUCUUAGACGGAUGGGGUUCAGCAGAUGCCCAGUAUCAAAGCUACUCAACGCUAUUCCGCGCCCAUUGGUAUGGCUUUACUGAUUUCUCUGGUGUCAAAACAGUACUAUUAGGUUUAUCGAGCAAGCCAGACUCAGUCAGCUGCGAUGUUCAAAAGGAAGAAAUUGUUCCAUCUAAUAGAAAUUAUUAUCUGUUAUUCGGGCUGAAUUUAACUUCUGGUCAAAAAUACUACGCAUGCCUCAAGAUGAUAGACAGGGCCGGGAAUCAAGCGGUUUUCCAUUCAAAUGGAGUGAUCGUGGAUGGUACCCCUCCCCUACCAGGCUCUGUGACCGAUGGAAAACCUGGGAAGGAAAUUGACGCGCAAGUCGAGAGCUCAUUUCUUCAAGCUUCAUGGUUUAACUUUACUGAACAUGAAACAAAAAUAUUAACAUAUCAUCUGGCAUUUGGCACGUCUCCCGGAGCCCAAGAUGCCCAACCGUUCAUAGAUGUAGGGCUUAUAAACACAGCUUCAAGCUCUAGAUUACAAGUUGCUCAGCUGACGAGUGGCAUGCGUUAUUAUGCUACAGUUAUUGCAUUCAAUUUACUUGGCAUGCCUAGCGCUUUGGUUUCCUCCAAGGGAGUUUUGGUAGAUUUCACUCCUCCAGUUUUCUCAAAGCCUCUUAGCGAUGGUGACCGUCUAAAUGAAGACCUUAGUUCAACCACUGGAGGUUCUUUGGCUGCCACAUGGACCUGUAAUGAUCCAGAAACAUCCUUAGCAUCUAUACAGAUUGCUUUCGGCUCACAGCCUGGAGAAGUCGAUGUCAUGAAGUUUACAAGUAUGACGAUUUAUAAAACAUCGUUCAAAGUAGAACGCCAUCUUCAACUGGGAUAUCGCUACUUUGCAACAGUAAAGUGCACAAACAAUGUGGGUCUUAAAGCAACUGCCGUUUCAAACGGCAUUGUCUUCGAUGACACUCAACCAGAUUUAAUCUACAUAUACGAUGGAAAAUACCAGGUCUCAUUAAGAAACUUGACAGUAAAAUUCAAAUUUGUUGACGCAGAGAGUGGUGUCAAAGAAUAUAAAGUGAUAGUCUGGAUAAGAAUUUAUUUGGGCUCAGCCAAGGCCAUUUAAGGUUUUUUAAGUUUCAACAGCAGUGUUACAACCGCGAAUUUGAUAUUGGAUAAAGAACUUGAAAGUGGAGGAAGAUAUUUCGUUAACGUGACAGCUGUGAACGGUGUUGGGUUCGAAACCACUGUGACAUCAGAAGGAGUUAUCGUAGAUAACUCACCUCCAGUAUGCCUGCAGGUAUGGGAUGGUAGAGAUGAUGCCCGACAGGACUUGCAAUAUGCUUCGAGUUCAAGCAAACUUCGCCUUUCGUGGGUGUGCGUCGAUAAAGAAUCUCCGAUAUUUCAUUAUCGUUUCUCAGUUAAAAACUUGCGUACAGAGGAAAACAUUAUUCCUUUUCAUGCUGUAAGGACACCCCUAAACUCUACAGGGUCUGCAAUUAUUACAGGCGGAGGGCAAAUAGCAUCUAAGUACGAAGAAGGAGAAAUUUACGCUGUCGGAAUCGAGGUUAUUAAUGCUGUUGGCCUGUCUUCAGUAAAUUGGACGGAUGGUGUUAUGAUUGAUAGCUCCCCACCAAGAGUGAAUAACUUACAAUUAGCAUACGACCCAAACAAAAAUUCUUUAGAGGCUUCAUGGACUGUAAAGGAUGAGCAAAGUGGAAUAGAGUCUGUCGCCUGGGGCCUGGGAACUAAUCCAGAGUAUAAUGACGGCAUAAACCUUACCAUACUAUCAAGUUUCCAGACAAGUAUUUCGAUUUCUGACAUUCCUUUGUUACUCGGUCGGACGUACUUUUUAAGUCUCUUUGUUUUAAAUAAAGCCGGUCUACAUAGUACGUCAGUAUCGCGUGGCGUUGUAGUCGACCCAACUGCGCCGAACCCUGGUGUUGUGAUUGCUCAGUAUGGUUUUCCAAGUGACUUUAAUCAGGAAACAAAUGAGGUACCAGCAUCAUUCAUAAUGGUCACUUGGACAGGAUUCACAGAUCCUGAAAGUGGUAUUAGACAGACUAGCUGGGCCGUUGGUGAAGAUCUUCUAGCGCUGAAAUCAAAUAGCGGUGAUUUGUACACUGAGGUCAAUGCAGACGACUCAGUGGGCGGAGUGGUGAUAAAUAAUCAAACUCUUGUAGGAAAUAGAACUUAUUUCGGUUGGAUUCGAGCCAGGAAUGGCGCUGGACUUCAAAGAACUGAGUGCUCCUCUGGAUUGUUUAUCAUACUCGGUAAGUUUACUGCUGGGUUAGUGAUCGAUGGCCCAGUGAUUGGUGCGAAGGAUGUUGACUUCCAACUGGACGAUAAGGUAAUCUGGACGCACUGGAGUGGCUUCAAGGAUCCUGUAUUUGGCAUCCACAGGUACGACUGGUGUAUAAGGGAUCAACCACCCGACCUUUCCAAAUCUGACUUAUGUAAGUGGCCGUUCAUCGAGGUGUAUGAUCUUAAAACGUCUACAAACCGCUUUCACAAUCUGACACUCGAGCACGGCAAAAAAUACUACGUCACAGUGAGAGCUGAGAAUAGCAGAGGAGAACGUGUCAGUGCUUCUUCGGAUGGUGUUAUCGUUGAUCGAACGCCCCCAAUCGGAAAAUCACUCCAAAUCUCUCCCACAACCGGAAAAGGAACUUUGUACGUAAACACACCCUCUGCACCUGUCGCCACGUGGUACAUGGACGAUCUUGAAAGUAGUAUAAGCCAUUUUCUUGUGGGCGUUGGUAGUUUCCAAUUCCAGGACGAUUUGCUUGGGUUUCAGCGUGUACACAGUCUUACUCGUUCCAUCGACUUGGACCUACUUAAUUUUACCCUCUACCAAGGAAUGGUCUUUCACUUAACUGUAAUUGGAGUCAACAUGCUUGGCCUGAAAACCACCCUGACUUCACAACAAUUAGUUGUGGACUGGACACCACCAGAAUCUGGUGUUGUUAUGGAUGGGAACCUGACCUCCACGGAUAGACAAGAAUUGCUCGAUACAGAUUAUCAAAACGAGAAGGAGACGCUGUCUGCUCACUGGGAGGGAUUUCAAGAUGCUGAGAGCAGUGUUAUUGAAUACAAGUGGUGUGUUGGAACGAUGCAGGGCGUCUGUGACUUGCACAGCCUGACGUCUUCGAAUCUCCAAACAAGUGUGCACCUUUCCAUGAUCCUAAAGGAUGGCCAGCGGUACUUCUUUACAGUGGAAGCUUUAAAUGGUGCUGGUUUAAAACAAACGGCCUACUCUGAUGGUGUAACACUGGACGCCAGUCCACCAAACGUAGCGGACGUUUAAGUUGUCUCCUCAUCUGUUAAUUUGUGUAGUGAUCAUGAUGAUUCUUUGUGCGAUAUUAAGCAACAUGGCAAUCUUUUCUUAUCGUUUUCCUGGGAAGCACCUUCCGAUGAGGAGAGUGGCAUUUGUUCUGUUGAGUGGUGUGCUAGCUCAAAAGCGGAAUCGUGUGAUAUAGUCUCGUGGUCAGUUGUAGAUAAAAGUAUAACGUCGAUUGAGCACCCUCUUCCUCGGCCACUUGCACCAGGAACUGUAGCAUUUAUUAGACUACGGGCUACAAAUUGCGCAGGAAUGGUAACCACCGCCAUCUCCAAACCGCUGCUUAUUGAUGGUACCAAGCCAACUGUCGGUGCCGUCAUAGUUGGAAACACAGUGAAAACUAAGUAUCUGCGGAAAGAUGACCCAAUAACGGCUGAAUGGAGUGGAUUUAUUGAUGUGGAUAGUGGAUUAAGUCAUUUCGAGUGGGCUUUAUGUCACGCGGGCACUACAAAAGACUGCAUCAUUCCGUUUGUUGAUGUUGGACUUAAAACUAGCAUAAAGAAUUCUGCCCUUGACAUCAAACCUGGAGUUUCCUAUGUUGUCGUGCUCCGAGCUCACAACAAAGUUGGAUUGUACAGUGAAGCUGUGUCUAAUCAGUUCAUAUUCGAAAUCACGGCACCGAUUGCAGGUACUGUAUACGAUGGCUCGAGCGGGGGAAACGACGCAGCACUGCAGAUAUCAGACAGUGAUGUCUCUGCUACCUGGUCGCCGUUUACCGAUCCCAACAGCAGAAUAGUCGAGUAUGAAAUGUGUGUGGGAACAGCACAAGAGAAAUGCGAUGUGAGUGCCUUUGUCAGUGUUGGAAUUUCCCGCAAAGGAGUAAUCACAGGUUUAAGUUUGAAUCACACAGGAAAGUACUUUGUCACUGUAAGAGCAACGAAUGAAGCUGGCUACAGCGUCGUCGCAGCUUCUAAUGGUGUUGAAGUCGAUACUACCCCCCCUGUUGCCGGCGAAAUAAGAGAUGGACAAACACUUGAGGACAUUGAUUUCCAAGCGGGCGGUGAGUUCAUUUAUGCCAACUGGGACGAGUUCCAGGAUUUGGAGUCUAAGAUAACCAGAUAAAUAUGGUGUGCUGGAACAAGAAAGGGAAGCUGUGAUAUCAUUCCUGUAACGGAUGUGGGUGACAGCACAAGCGUUGGUCAGCAGAUUUACCCAUGCUUGGGGACCGAAAUUGGCGUGUUUAUAACAGUUGGCGCUUACAACGGCGCGGGAGCAGUUACAAGGGUAACUUCAAACGGUUUUGAAGUGGACGGUACUCCACCUGUCAUCUCAAAGGUGGUUGACCUACAGGGAGGACCUCCUUUUGUCGACAAAGAUUACAUCAGCGCGAUAGACGCUUAUUGUGUCAGAUGGGAAACAGAGGAUGCUAAAAGUCCUGUUUUAAAAAGUGAAGUCUCCAUUUGUUCCGCCAUCGACUUAAACAACUGUUUGCUAAAUAAUAUGGAUGUUGAAAACCGCACAGAAAUUUGCUUUGCCGAUUUAGAGUUACAAGAGGGGGCCAAGUAUGUAACAACGAUUCGUUCAACGAACACAGUUGGCAGAGCGAGCGAAUUGUCAUCAGAUGGCUUCGUGGUAGACUCGACUCCCCCAUUAGUGGGUGACAUCAUGCACAUCGAGAAUCCACCGGUGGGCGAAUCCCAAGAGGUGUUCACCAACUCGGAAAUAUCUGUAAAGUGGAGUGGAUUCUCAGACAUGGAAAGUGAGGUAGAGAAAUACUUUGUUUGUGUUGGCACAAAGCCUGGGGAAUGUAAUAUAACGAGCCUUACUGACCUAGGAAACGCUACUACCUACAUUUUGCAAGACCAGGGACUUGCUCAAGGAGAAACGUAUUUUGUCUCUAUCAAGGCCAAGAACAUAGCUGGCCUUGUCAGCGACUUUGUGUCGUCCAGUGGAGUUACUGUUGACAUGACAGGUCCCACAUCUGAAGGACAAAUUUUAGAUGGAGAAAAAGAAGAUGAAGACAUUGACUUUCAAAAAAGAAGGACGUUCCUAACAGCUCACUGGAAUGAAUUCGAAGACCUCGAAAGUGACCUCAUAAGUCUCAGUUGGUGUGCUGGCUUGUCACCAGGCUCAUGCAAUCUCGUUCAAAAAACCGAACUUACCCCAUCGAGUACGUCCACACGUAAGGUUCUCAACAAACCCCUAAAGAACGGUGAGCGAUACUAUGUCACAGUAAACGCAGUAAACGGGGCAGGCGUUCAAACCACAUACACGUCAGAUGGAGUAACAGUUGAGGAGACUCCGCCAACAUCCGGGAUUGUGAUCUAUGGAGAGGGCAGGGACAGCAGAUAUGUAAAUGGCGAGCAAGAUAUUCAUGCACAUUGGAUUAACUUUGAAGACUUGGAGUCUGGUAUCGAUUCUUAUGAAAUAGCUUUGUGUGACGCACGGAACGUGUCAUUCUGCCCACAAUCUUUCACUGGUGUGGGGAAGGCUACAAAUGUUUCAAUAACGGGAUUAGACCUUGAAAGUGGCGGUCAGUACUUCGUCAUCGUUAGGGCCAUCAACUUCGCCGGUCUUCAUGCUCAAGCUUCCUCCGAUAGAUUCACGGUUGAUUUUACCUCUCCCUUAGCAGGCGAAGCACGAAUAGGAACCGCACUCGAGCCAACCAAAUACCAGUCAGAUUUGACGAAUUUGAUUGUCAGGUGGGAUAAUUUUUCUGACCCUGAAAGUAGGAUUUCUCAAUAUAAAGUCUGUGUUACGACUAUGCCUGGAAAUUGUACAGUCACCAAAUACAUCGAGGUGGGAAUGGAUGUCAAUUUCACAUUUCAUGAUUUACAUCUACUUCAUGGCGAAUUAUAUUAUGUUGUUGUUAAAGGAACAAACCCUAUCGGAAUGUCUUCGGAGACAACAACAAACCCAAUAUUGAUCGAUUCAACGCCACCAGUUUUGAAAUACCCCGACACCGUUAUAAUCAACACCACUGGAGAAAAUCCUACCGAAGACAUUUCUGUUCAUGAAGGGCUUCAAGGUAGCGAUCAUGUACGAUUCAAGUGCUCUGAAGAAUUACUGACGGCUGACUGGGAUGAAUUUGAAGAUCCAGAGAGCCAAUUAGAGCGGUAUGACUGGUGUGUCGGAACAUCUCAAGCCCGGUGUGAUGUAUUAGCUUUGAGAUCGGUAGAAAAAAGGAGCCAUGGAGCAGAUAUAACAAGAAGAAUACCUUCAGGGACGAUCCUUUUUACUACAGUAUAUGCCAUAAAUGGCGUAGGAUUGAAAGUUCGUUUGGUAUCUGAACAAUGCGAGGUCAUAUCCGUUGCACCUAAGGCUGUAGAAGUUAUCGAUAUUCCCACUUCGAACAGAACCACUCUUUCUGACAUUGACUGGAAAUCUAUGGCACAAAGUUUGUCACUCAGAUGGGAGAUAUUUGGAGGAUAUGUUGGAGAUAUUUCACGUUUUCAUAUUCAGGUAGCUAUCACACAGCCUUCCUCGAACCUGUCUUUACCACAGAUUGACUCGGAGAAGUCUUGGCGUAGGGAACCGCUUGUACACGAUUUCAUGGACGUUUUGGCAUCGGAAAAAAAUGUGACUCUUCAGGGUGUGGCUUUGGAGCCAUGGGAACGUUAUCGAGAAGUUGUAAGGAUCUGGAACGAAGGAGGUAUUUACAGUGAUUCUGCGAGUGAUGGACUGAGAAUCGAGCCCGCUGCUCCUCCAGAGCGUGGAUUAUUCAUCUUAGAUAAAGCCGCCGAACAAGAGCCCCUACGUUGGCUACCAGGUAUAAGAUUGCCACCGGUUAAUGACAGUGCAUUAGACUCGGAGAUAAAAUAUAUUUCAUCCCCUGGGGAGGUUGAAUUGAUUGUGAGAAGCGGCUUGAAUGACUCUAGCGACAGAACAGCUUUUAUUUUGGAUCACAAUCUUUUCAGUCCGACCAAGGAAUUUAAAAUUACUGUCGAAAGAGUUACGUCUGACGCGAACGAAACCAACACAACUGAGAAUUUCCGCGUAAUGAAAGUCUACCCGGGUUUCGCCGAUCCCGAUGGUCCAUGUUGUGCUAGGCGACCACUUAAUCCGCAAUCUGUCUUCAGUGACACGCACUUCAAAACAACUAUGCCCUCCCAGCAUUUCGGUCUGUCUAUCGUGAGGCUACUAAACGAUCAUUUUGCUGUUGGUUCUUCAAACAAGGCGUUUAUUCUACCCCUUCGAAACAGAGCUGCGAGCCACAUCACAUUGCCAGAUGACAUAACAAGCCCCAAGGAAACGCCCAUCCUGGUGUCAUCACACGGGAGUAGGUCUGUUUUCUUGGCCAGUGGAAUAGCUUAUGUUUAUCGAAGUGAAGUCAGUGACGUAGGCAAUCUUGAAUUAAAGAGGAUUGCUAUUCUGGGAAAUUGCAAGAGUGUAUCAACAGUACUUUGUGCUGCCAACAACACGUGGACCGAUAAUGUGAAGCAUGUCAUGGCCAUUAAUCAAAAUACUGUCGCUAUAACGGGAAUCAACUCAACGACGAACAGCAGUGUUGUGGCCCUAUUCCAAGAACGGAAUGGAAUGUGGAAGCUGGCACAAGUUUUGGGAAAAGAAAACAGUCAUAAUAAUUUCGGACAUUCAUUGUCUUUGAACAAGCGUUUCUUAGCAGUAGCAACAGGAGAGGGGAUGAACUCUAACAUCUCGGUGUACUCUAUUGAAACGUUUACAUUGCUCAUGACAAUUGGCAUUUCUGAGCACGAAAAAAUUACAAGUCCCUUUUCACUUUAUCUUACGGAGUCUGACGCACUAAUAAUGGUAUCUGAGAAAUCCAAGUCAGUCGAUGUUUUACAGCUUAACAUUAUUUCAAGUUCCUACAAAGAUGUGUGCGACUUUCAGGUUGCCUACAACGAGCAUCUUAGUGGACACCUCGAUGUCGUUGCCCGAGAUGGAGGUUACAUCAUCGCAUUGGGUAUGCUGACAUCAGAGGGCCGUGACGGUGUGCGACUGCUAGGUUUUCAUGGGAUCUUUACGGACAAUAAACUUACAAAAUGCGCAAAUCUAGGACGUGUGAUCGCACGAGAAAGUGGAUUAAGAGUGGAUAAUGGAAUUCCUCGUACCACCGUGUCCUUUAUCAACGAUACCGUUUUGUUUGGUGCUCCAGAUGUUGUCGCAUGGCCAGGACAGGGUGAAGAUUCAGGUACUGGAAGGAUUUAUAUAGCAACCUAUUGCCCUAUUGAUCAUGUUCGAGUUAGGGUAUCCCAUAUAAAGGACAUUGGGUCGGUACGUUGCACACCUUGCGAGGCUGGUCGGAAGUCAUUUGGCGGGUUUGCAGAAAUGUGCUCGGAGUGUGAAGGAAUGUCAUGCUCAACUCCCCAAAGCGACAAUCCUUUCAGUUUUAAAUCAAAGAUUUGUGACGCAGUUUCAUGUCACUCUCAAUCGAUUUUGAAUGUAUCGACAAACGGCUUGAACUUCUCCUUCGCGAACGGAUCAUUUUUUGUUCCUGGCCCGGAGAAUCUGUACACUGUGCAGUUGCUUGAAACAACACGAGCCAAUCUUUCAACAAGUUCCCUCUCAGAGUCAUUCGUGAUCGAUCCGACUUCCCCUGAUCCUGGACUUGUUUAUGAUGGACUUGGGAGCGAUCCAAGCACGAACUGCUCGGACAAUUCGACUUUCGGCGAAGACAGUCAGUGCUCUACUCGUGACUUUAAGGAAACGGAUGUGGACUAUACCUAUAAUACGCGAGAGGUACACGCCAGAUGGCUUGACUUCCUUGAUGAAGAAAGCGACAUUGUAGAGUACUUCUGGUGUGUAGGCACUAAGCCUAUGACAGACGACAUUAGAGGAUGUGAAAGUACUGGAUUGAAGCCAAACGGAAGUCAUUACGGUCUCAACUUUGGGCAAGGUGACACUUACUACGUGACAGUUAUAGCCUGCAAUGGAGCUCGCAGAUGUUCCGCUGCUCAUAGUGAUGGCGUCACCAUUGAUACCACACCACCUGUGAUGAAAUAUGUCAGGGAUGGAAUUAUGGGACCUGAUAUGGAUUUUCAGGUCUUCGUUGAUAUCAUCUUUGCUUAUUUCUCCGCGAGUGACCCUGACAGUAAUGUGACAUCAUACGAGAUUGCUUGGGGAACUGCACCUGGUUUAACGGAUGUCAAGGAGUUCGAGGAAGUUACAAACACCACAAUAUGGCUGGCUAAAUUCAAAGACAACGCCCUUGGCGUAGACAACAGAUACUAUGCCACUGUUCGUGCUACAAACGGAGCUGGCCUGCUUUCGGAAGAGCUGUCAUCCAACGGAAUAGUAGUCGGCAAGUCGGAAUUUGUUUUUGAUAACGCAACUAGUGCUGAGUUUUUCUUUGAUACGGUGAACGUUAAAGAAGACGGGACGCGUAAGGAUGGAGGAGUUGGAAAGACAUACGGGACAUUGACUGUACCUGAAGGUGCUGUCGAGGAACAAGUGAAGUUGAGAUCGUACAGUUUGGAUGACAAAACAAUGGAUACAAACAAGACCGAGGAGGGUCCCGUCAGUAACCCUACUUACACCAGACCUAAGCAAUUCAUGCUCGGGAAUUACAGUUUUGUCAUCAAGGCGUUAGACCCACAGAACAACACAGUGAAAGAAGGCUUCCAGUUUGCUAAACCAAUCACAAUUGCUAUGUUCUACGACGUUGAUAACCUGGUGAAAGCCAACAGUGAGCAUGUCAAUAACGAACUUACCAAAGAAGAUAUAGACCCUGUGUUGUAUCUGUGGGAUUCGAAGAAUGCAAGCUGGUUUGAUGCCGCGCUCACGUGCCCUGAGCCCUGGAGUCACGUGAACAAGUCAAUCAAUCUGUUAACUGUGAAAGUCUGUCACCUGACUCAGUUUUCAUUCCUUUGGUCAUUCUACGCUCAAAAUGGUUUGGUUCUCUUCGACAAAAACAAUUCAAUGUACAACGGAGAUGGAGUGGUAGAAGUUACCCGUUCCAGACGCGUCACAAAACUAGAAUUUCAAUUGCGAAGAGCGAAAGGUUCCCAGGGUGACAUAACAGUACAAUGGUCUCUGUACCAAAAUGAUUCAUCAGACAGUAUGGAGCUCCUGUGGCCGAAGUCUGGACAAGUGUCUUUUACAGAUGGACAGUGGAACCACUCGUUUAUCAUCAAUGUCGACAAUAACGAGGAAGAAGUACAGCAGAGUGUGGUCUGGGUCCAACUGGACGAGACCACAGGCGGUGCUGUCCUUGCAUCCCGUGAUAAAACUUCUGCAAAGAUUUUAAUCAGUGGAAAUGAAGAGCAGACUGGGACCUGGCGGUGGAUUGUGACCGGCGUCUUUUGCGGGGUGCUUUUGAUUUUUGUUGGUGUUUUUGUGUAUAGCCUACGCAAAAGGAAACAAGAAUCCCAGAGGACUAAUCAUAGCAGAACUGAGAUUGAGCUUCCCUCCUGUGGUUCAAUGCAAAGAGAACGAGGCUUGGCUGGUGAACAGAUGUAUUCUAACGAUGUUGAUCCACUAGAACCGGACCCGCAAACUGUUUCAGAAAUGUAUGAUAGCGAUAUCGGGAAACCGCCUGUCUCUCCCAAAAGAACACACCGGGCUGUGUCUCCUCUGUUGUGUGCCCCUGUCAUGCGUCUUGCGUGGCACCUGGAACAGACUAGUGCCCAGGAACAGGGCAAUCUUAACACGUGUGGAAAGUCGGUACCUCAUAAAGGAAGCGAUAGCAAGCUGCAAUCAACUUUUGGAAAGAAGAAAAGGAAUAAAACCAGAUUGACAAAACGCAGCAGCACGACCUCAAAAGACAAGUACUGUGAUGGCCAUGAACUAGUCCUCACCCCGGUUAGCGGCGAUGAUGAAAUGGAAUCAUCGUCUUCGUCAUUGAAAUUGGUGGACAUGGGGCUAACCAACCCCCUCUAUGAGAGUGUGCUGAAUUAUUCAGAAGUCUCUGAUGCUGACUCGGUACGACGUGAGGAGAAAAGCAACUCUAAAUCCGAGGAAAGGAAAAAGAUUUACAUGAGGACUGAACGAAGCAGAACUGAGAUUGAGCUUCCCCAGUUGGCUGGUAAAAAGAUGUAUUCUAGCGAUGUUCAUCCACCAGAGCCGGACCCGGAAACUGUUUCAGAAAUGUAUGGUGGUGAUUUGAGGAGACCGUCUGUCUCUCCCAAUAAAACACACAGGGCCGUGUCUCCUCUGUCGUGUACCUCUGAGACGCGUCUUGCGUGGCACCCGCAACAGACUAGUGCCCAGGAACAGGGAAAGCUUAGCACAAGUGGAGAGUCGGUACCUCGUGAAGGAAGCGAUAGCAAGCUGCGAUCAACUUUUGGAAAGGAGAAAAAACGCCGCAGCACGACCUCAAAAGACAAGUACUAUGAUGGCCAUGAGCUAGUCCUCACCCCGGUUAGCGGCGAUGAUGAAAUGGAAUCAUCGUCUUCGUCAUUGAAAUUGGUGGACAUGAGGCUAACCAACCCCCUCUAUGAGAGUGUGCUGAAUUGUUCUCCAGAAGUCUCUGAUGCUGACUCGCUACGACGUGAGGAGAAAGGCAACUCUAAAUUCGAGGAAAGGAAAAAGAUUUACAUGAGAACGACGAAGGGAAAUCGAGUUGACACCCAGGAUGGGUAUGCAUUCAAGUGAAAUCAUCCUUCGAUUAGAAGACUCAACACUAACAAAAUUGAUGCAGUGGAGUUAAUGAUGAGAUGAAAGGAAGUAAACGAAAUGGAGGACAAUACAAAACUACAUCACACUGAAAUGUAGCACUUUGUAAACUAGACAUACUUCUUCUUAAAUCGCUUCCUAUGAUUUUUCAUUUGGGAAGUUCUUUUAAUAUGUUUGACUUUCAUUAGCUAAGGUCGUAAGCAAGCGGAGUGUAUGUUAUUUGGCGCUGGACCCAGGCUAGCACUUUCUACUUCUCUCUCUGUAGUUAUUGACGGAAAAUCACUUAAUCGCGCUUCUGAGUAUAAGUAUAUUGGAGUUGUUCUCGAUGCGUCGCUUAUGUGGAAUGUGCACGUUGAGUACUUGAUCGUUAAGGUUAAGAAGAGAUUAGGAAAAACAUAAAUAUGUACACAGCAGGUACUGUUGACACGUCGUUUGUCCUGCCUAUUCUGGCUUGAUUUCUGCGACACUGAGUGGAGCUGCUGUGGGAGUGUUACCGCUGAUAAGUCGAAGAAGUGUAGAGGCGCGCUGCUCGUAUUGUUAUGCGUCUGGGGAACAGCGAAAAUGCGCCAAAUGUUUUAGGUUAGGUAACUAGAAAAGGCGUGGAAGCCAUGUACGUACUGAGUCUAGUUAAGAAAUGCUUAAAUAACCGUUGUCCAUAGUUCUUUAUGUAUUGCUUUACUUAUAACAAGGAUGUAUUGCCCAGAACAACAAGGAGCAGUGGUAAACUUAGACUCCCGUCCAUAAAGUUAGAAUGUACGAAAAAGGCUUUCUUUAUCGGGGCUGUGUAAUUUUUAAUCAGAUUUAGUUUUUGAGAUUUUUAUGAUUUUUUUUUAAACUUAAUUCUUAAGUCCUUUACAAAACAUUU